AAUUCAAUCCUCUCCAUAUAGUAAUAUAUAUGUAGUUAGCUCUGUUUGUGGGCAAUCACUAUCACUGCUAUAGAUCACGUAAUGACCUCCAUGACUGUGGACCAAAUCCGAAGGCCUCUGCGCGCUGAGGGUCUGGCCACCAUCCUCGCCAUUGGCACGGCCAAUCCUGCCAACUACAUCACCCAAGCUGAUUAUCCUGACUACUACUUCCGAGUCACCAAAAGUGAACACAUGACUGACCUCAAAAAUAAGUUUCAACGAAUGUGUGAUAGAUCCAUGAUAAAGAAACGUCAUAUGUAUUUCACCGAAGAGCACCUAAAGCAGAACCCAAAUAUGUGUCACUACACGGCGCCAUCCCUGGACGCACGUCAAAACAUUUUGGUGGUUGAAGUUCCCAAGCUUGGGAAGGAGGCUUGCAUGAAGGCCAUCAACGAGUGGAACCAGCCCAAGUCCAAGAUCACUCAUUUCAUCUUCACCACCGUCUCCGGCAUCGACAUGCCCGGGGCUGACUACCAGUGCGCCAAGCUUCUCGGACUCAACCCCUCCGUGAAGCGUGUGAUGUUGUACAACCUAGGUUGCCAUGCCAGUGGCACCAUUCUUCGCAUGGCCAAAGACAUUGCUGAGAAUAACAAAGGCGCCCGAGUUCUCGCUGUGUGCUCAGAUAUCAUGACUGGCCACUUUCGCGGGCCCGCGGAAUCCCAUCUGGAUUCCAUGAUGGGACAAGCUUUGUUCGGAGAUGGGGCUUCGGCGAUCAUCGUGGGUGCCGAACCAGAUGAGUCGGCGGGAGAGCAGCCUAUCUUUGAGUUGGUGUCAGCUGCGCAGACGACUCUGCCGGACUCGGAUGGAGUGGUCAGAGGGCAUUUAAAGGAAGCUGGGGUGGUAAUUCACUUACACCAGAGCUUGCCUGGCUUAAUCUCUACCAACAUCGAGAAGAGCUUGACUGAGGCUUUCGCUCCGAUUGGGAUUAGUGACUGGAACUCCAUAUUCUGGAUUACACACCCUGCUGGUCGCGCCGUUCUGGAAGAGAUUCAGGCCAAGCUGCAUCUGACGAAUGAGAAGUUGGCUGACUCGCUCCAUGUGCUGAGUGAGUAUGGGAACAUGUCGAGCGCAUGCGUCUUCUUCAUAAUGGACAAGUUGAGGAAGAGGUCGUUGGAGCAAAGGAAGUCCACCACCGGAGAUGGAUUGGAAUGGGGUGUUCUUUUCGGGUUCGGGCCGGGUUUGACAGUGGAGACGGUGGUCUUACACAGCGUGGCCAAUAAAUUCUAAUUAAUAAGAUUACUGUUGUUUUCGCACCUUAAGCAGCAGUAUAACACGUUCUUGUGGCACAAGUAAUAGUCUUAGCAAUUCUCAAUUAAUACUCUUAGCAAUUCUCAAUUAAUAAUUACCAAAUAUGCGUGCAUGCAUGUUUUAGAUUCUUAUAAUAAAAUAAUGAAAUAUAUAUGAGUAAUGAUAAGUCUCAAUUUCCUCUU